UACUCAUAGGAACAACUAGAGAGGGAAAAUUCAAUUCCCUGAAAACGUAAAAUAAAUCAUAAAAUUAAAUAACAUAAACCCUAAACCCCUUGAAUCGUGAACUACAAGCAGCAACUAUGAAAGAUUCAGAAAUUGAUCUCGACUCCCCUGCAAUUAUAGCUCUAGGUUCUCUUUUCAAGCUUACUGAAGUGUUCUUAAGGGAUGAUGGUUUUCCAAUUGAUGAUAAUCGGCAAGUUUCUUCAUGCCCUAAACACAUCAGAUUUAAAUAUGAUGAUGACGAGGAGGAUGCCAAUGUUAACAAUGAUUUUGGGGGGAAAAUAAGCUCCAAUUCGAAUGUCGAAAUCACGGAAAGUGUUGUAUUGAAGGAUGGUGAUAUCUUUCAAGAGAUGAGUGCACUCGGGCUUCCUCUUUCGUUUCAAACUAGCAAAAAUCAGAGCAGUGUACAAACUAAGGGGAAACAUAAACCAACCCAAUGUAAGGAUCGAGACACUCAGAGUAGGCUAAAGGACCGAGUGCUAGUAUGUCCCGAACUGAGUGAAGAGAGGCAAUCUUAUGCGGAAUUUCAAGAUAAAUCAAGCCAAUCAUCUUCCUUACCGCUAUCAGAUCAGGCUGAACUCUCUUGCUCUGGCUUUGAUGUCAGUGACAAUACAAGAUUGACUAACUCUUAUGAUCUGGAACAGCCUGGUAACAUAGCUGAUUAUACUGGAUAUAGCAGCCUUGAGUUUUAUACUCGUGAGAAUGUACCUAGAAAUAUGUCAAGUGUAGCACUCAAUGGGGACCUGCUGGGGACUGAUACCCAGAUGGAAAAUAAGGUGUCUAUAGCUGCUACAUUGAAUUUGUUGGAGAGGAACACAUGUCGUGAAGGCUGUAAACUUGAUGAUUGUAUCAAUGAGUACCUGAAAGAAAUGAAUCGAAGUUUAAUUGAACGAGUUGAUACAAAGGGGGCAGAGUUGAAUAAUGCUAUGCAAUUGGAUGACCUUGACUCCGGUAUGUGUAAUGAACAGACACAGGUUGCAGGUAUGCAUAUAGACUCCCAUAUGGUUCUUGACAAUGAUGCUAAUGACAAUAUUAGUUGCAGUGCAGUAUGUGGUGAAUGGGGUGCCUUCUGGGAUUCUUUUUACAUGAAGUAUUAUUUUUAUAACACCAAAACUGAAGAGUCCACUUGGCAUCCACCCCCUGGAAUGGAAAGCUUUGCUUAUGGUGACAUCUCUAAUGUAUUUGGUGAAUCAAAUACAGAGGCGAUUGGCACCAAUGUUAGUCCUACUUUUUCUCAAAAUGAAGAGCAAUUAGAAAGACAUCAAUUGGUUGAUAAAUCAUGCUUUGUUGAAGAGACAAGAGACACCGUGUGCGGUUGUGCUCAAGAUCUUACCACCAAGGAUUCAUUAUCUGGUUCUGCAAUUCUUUCAGACACACCAUGUGCGGUGAAUAUGGAUCAGCAUGUUCUCGAUGGAAAUUGUCAGGAUGAGAUUGCAUAUAGUUCUUCACUGUCUACCAUCAAUUGUAAUCAGAAUCCAAAAAAUGGAAGAGAGCAAGAAUAUUCUGGUGGCAUGUGCACUGGCGUAUUUCCCUCAAAUAACGACGACUCUCUUAAUAGUAAUCAUUGUGACAAUGCUGACGGAAACUAUUAUGGCAAUGUAAGAGCCCAAUUGUCAAAUGCAAGCAGCUUAAGCAGCGUAGUUGAAGUAGUAGCAUGUGAUGAUGACCCCAUCAAUCAUGUGAAUAUGGACGAGUUGGAGACAGAUGCCAAUGGUUUUCGUGUGCAAGAUACCCCGGCUAAGCAAAAGACAAAAAGAAGAAACCGAAGAAGAAAGAAGUCAUUCAGUAACAAUAACGAUUAUGAGUUUCAACCAGUUGAAGAGUAUUAUGUUGAUAUAACCAAAUAUUGGUGCCAAAGGUAUCUUUUGUUUUCCAAAUUUGAUGAUGGUAUACAAAUGGAUGAAGAAGGGUGGUUUUCUGUUACUCCAGAAGCUAUAGCCAGACAUCAUGCUUCACGUUCUGGUGGUGGCACUGUCAUUGAUUGCUUUACUGGUGUUGGCGGGAAUGCCAUUCAAUUUGCAAAGACGAGUAAACAUGUAAUUGCUAUUGAUAUUGAUCCGAAGAAAAUUGAUUAUGCCCAUCAUAAUGCAGCGGUCUAUGGGGUUGAAGACAGAAUUGAUUUUAUCAAUGGAGAUAGUUUUUCCGUGGCACCAAAGUUGAAGGCUGAAACAGUCUUUCUGUCUCCUCCUUGGGGAGGGCCUGAUUAUCUCAAAGUGAAGUCUUAUGACAUAACUAUGCUUCAGCCUUAUGAUGGGCAGUUUCUUUUUGAUACUUUCAAGGCAACAGCCUCACUGAUUAUCAUGUUUUUGCCUAGAAACGUUGAUGUUGUUCAACUAGCACAACUUUCGCUAUCUUCUAAUACUCCAUGGUCACUUGAAGUGGAAAAAAAUUUCUUGAACGGCAAGUUGAAGGCAGUCACUGCAUACUUCAGCAAGAUCAGUUAAGGAUUUCAGGUGGAGUGAUACAACAAAGCGGUUUAAGACUUCAAGUCUUUUGAUCCAUUUGUUUCAAACUUUCAAUCCUUGUAUCAAGAUGUAUAUUUUGUAAUUAUGAACAUCAGAAGCAUUGCCUUGUUAUUUCCAAUUGGUGGUAUGUGAUCAGGAAUUAAACAUAAAUCAUGCUCAUGAGUGAGAGUUGGAGCUACAUCAACUUAUCCCAAGAUGAAGAAGAGUAUAAGAAAAGCUGGAAGGGAGAAUUAGUAGUCUUUGUAUCUCUUUACUCGGUGAAAAUACAACGCAAGCCUUUAUUUGUUGAA